AACCCUUCCGCCCCGAAACCAGCGGCCGCGGCGUCAUGGCAAGCUUUGCGCGAAACCGCUUCCUCCUCUCCCGCUCCUAUGCCUCCGUGGCGGCCAAGUCGAACUUGGCGAAGCAGAGCCCUCCCUUCGAGCCGGCGCCGGCUGCUGCGAUGGUGAAGGAGGGAGAGGAGGUCCCCGCGCCGGUCAUCGGCCGGCCCCUCUCGGAUAUCCUCAGAGAGCUCAACAAGAAGGUUCCCGAGUCACUCAUCAGGACCCGAACCGAGGACGGCUUCACCAUAAGAUACAUUCCUUGGCAUUUCGUCAAUCGAAUUCUGAAUUUACAUGCUCCUGAAUGGUCUGGCGAGGUCCGAAGCAUUGUUUAUUCAGCUGAUGGAAAGUCGGUCUCUGUUGUUUAUCGUGUAACUCUAUAUGGAACUGAUGCAGAGGUUCAUAGAGAAGCUACUGGAACAGCUUCGACCACGGAUACGGAGUUUGGAGACCCGCUGCAGAAGGCAGAAGCAAUGGCAUUCCGGCGAGCAUGUGCACGCCUUGGGCUUGGACUUUAUCUUUACCAUGAAGAUAUGUUAUAAAUCUACAAUGGUUAUUUACCGCAGCAUGCAUAACCUAGAUCGCUUCAGAUUUUGACUUGGAGAAUUUCACAUUUUCUGUCCCUUGAAGCAAACAUGCAUGUACUCAUCAGAACUACUCGCUAUGUUUUAGUUUUGCCCUUUGGGUUGAUAUCACUGCAAACUCAAUGUGUGAACUAUGUUUAUUGUCAUGAGAUGAGUGGAUCAUCAACAAAAUCAAUCAAAAUGGGCAUGGCUGAUGGUGGUAUCUUUUCCA